GCCAGAACCCGGGACCACAGCACGGAAACGGCCCGGGGCUGAGCUGCAGUCAGAUCCGGGGAUGGAGGGAGCCGGAGAAGAGGAGUGAAAAAGCCGGGGAGGCAGGCCCCGCUGUCUUCUUGCAGGCCAGCAGCCUGCUGGCAGUGGAGGACCAGGCCGUCCAGGAAAGGAAGGGGUCAGGAGGUCGGGCGGGGCCUCAGCAGGCCCAGACAAGUCCCCAGAAGGGAGCUGCAGGCGCCCUCGAGUCCAGGCCCCAAGCCUGGCUCCGGUUGUCCAAAGAGGGCCUAGGCCAGGCCUCUGGUGCGGAAACUGAGUCACAGCCAGACCUCAGGGCACGGCCUAGACGCUUACGAGCCAAAGUUAGGGGUAGAGAGCAAAGACCUUCGGGGGGUCUCAGGGAGUAGGGGGCUUCACGGCCUCCCAGUCUAGAGCCGGAUUGGCGAGUUAGACGCUUGUAGAUCCAAGGUUGGAUUGGGGUGGGGUCUCUGGGACGUUGGAUCGCUACGCAAGGAUUGGGGGGAUUCAAGUGCUUAGAGAUCGAAGUCUGUCCUGGGUAGGGGGAGUCAGACAAUUGGAAAGCCUAGGUAGUUAUUUGGGGAGGGGUCUCUACGCUUUGGCGAAGCGCACAGCUGCAUCUUUUUGGCUUGAGGCCUGAGGCCUUGUCGAGAAGCUUCCGUGAAAGGGUGGGCCAGCCGGGCCAAGAGAAAGAAAGUGAAUAAAUCAGGAAUAUAAGUGGGCGGGGGGCCCCGGAGAGGGGGGUCGCAAAGGGUGAGACAUGGCCACCAGGCGUUUAACCGACGCUUUCUUGUUGUUGCGGAAUAAUUCCAUCCAAAACCGGCAGCUGUUAGCCGAGCAACCAGAUCAAGUCAAAUUCACGUUCUGAAGUAUAUCCAAGAAAAUUAAGAGCUGGUGAUGAAAAAAUAGGAAAACAAUCCAAAUCCUAGCAGUUAUCAAAAGCAAGUUUAUAAUACAGCUUGCUGAUGACCGUAUGGCACUGGUGUCAGGCAUCAGCUUAGAUCCAGAAGCAGCGAUUGGUGUGACAAAACGGUCACCUCCUAAGUGGGUGGAUGGAGUGGAUGAAAUUCAGUAUGAUGUUGGCCGGAUUAAGCAGAAGAUGAAAGAAUUGGCCAGCCUUCAUGACAAGCAUUUAAACAGACCCACCCUGGAUGACAGCAGCGAAGAGGAACAUGCCAUUGAGAUAACUACCCAAGAGAUCACUCAGCUCUUCCACAGGUGCCAGCGUGCCGUGCAGGCCCUGCCGAGCCGGGCCCGGGCCUGCUCCGAGCAGGAGGGGCGGCUGCUUGGGAACGUGGUGGCCUCGCUGGCGCAGGCCCUGCAGGAACUCUCCACCAGCUUCCGGCACGCACAGUCGGGCUACCUCAAACGCAUGAAGAAUCGAGAGGAAAGAUCCCAGCAUUUUUUCGACACAUCAGUACCACUGAUGGAUGAUGGAGACGAUAAUACUCUUUACCAUCGGGGUUUUACAGAGGACCAGUUAGUUCUGGUGGAGCAGAACACACUGAUGGUGGAAGAGCGGGAGCGAGAGAUUCGCCAGAUUGUACAGUCCAUUUCUGACCUGAAUGAAAUAUUCAGGGACUUAGGAGCGAUGAUUGUAGAACAGGGUACAGUCCUUGACAGAAUUGACUAUAACGUUGAACAGUCCUGUAUCAAAACUGAAGAUGGUUUGAAACAGCUUCACAAGGCCGAACAGUAUCAAAAGAAGAAUCGGAAGAUGCUUGUGAUUUUAAUAUUAUUUGUCAUCAUCAUUGUGCUCAUUGUUGUCCUCGUUGGCGUGAAGUCUCGAUAAGUGGCAUUGGGUUUUCGUGUGUGCCGCACGUGUGGAUCUCCCGAGUGUGAGGGGCUUGGCCUGCGCCCCGCCAGCUGCCCGCAGAGGUGCAGCCUCGAGGAAUCUGAGGGUGUCGGGGCAGCGAACCUUUCCAUCCACGGACUCCUCCUCCCCUAGUCCUGCUCAAGCGGUCCGGGGAAUGGGUUUUUGUUUUUCCUUCAUUGUUGAGAAUUUAAGGACCUUUGAUACUGCUGCACAAUAGAGAUUGAGUUCUGGGAUCAGUUAUAAUAUAUAUUUUUUUUAGAAAGAGAAAAUGAGCUGAGAGUUUACAGGCACUGCAGAAGCUGUUCAGUAUUAUAUGUGUAUAUGCUAUUUUUUUAGCAGCCAUGUCUGAGCAGAAUGUUAAAAUAAUUUUUGGAAAAAUUUUCUUUAAACCAUCUGGUUUUUAAGAAAUUUGGUACCAAAAAUUGAUGAGUAGAGGCAAAAAUGCCCCUUCAUCUUUCUCUAUAUAUUUUCCAGUUGAAAACAAACUAAGAAGUCCUUUAAGAAUUUAUAAUCCGUUCCCCAUUAACUUAAUUUAGCUUUUCCAUCACUGUUAAUGAUCAGAGUAACAAAGUGUGAAAAAUAAGAAACCAUCAUUGAUGUUAAUUAACACAUUUAGAUGGGACAGUUAAAACAGCUUCAUAAGUUUAAAUUAAUUGUAAAUGGAAUAUUCCUCAUUUAAAAUUUUUGCACUGCAUUUUCUACUGUAAACCAAAAGAGGUUAUUAAGCAAAACCACCUAAAUUUAAGUUGGUGAUUUAAAUGAAUCUCACAUUAAAAGAAAGCUUGACAGUGUUCUGAAAGCCACCAGACUCAGCCAGUGUGUCCCCAUGGGUGUCCCCAGCCAUCCUUGCUCAAUCCAUUACUUUAUAUACUAACUACAUAAUGACCUGUUCAAACCAGACUCUAUUUAAUGAACUGUGAAUUUACACAGAGGCCAUUUUAAAUGGGUCACCCCAUUUAGGAUUAGUGGAUCUCAAAUUAUUAACCAAACAUCACUCCAUUUCAAAGUAAAAUAUUCCACCAGUGAUUUGAUUUAUUGGCUCUUCCAUUGCCACUGAGCAAUGCCCAGGAAGCAGGCACAUUGCCAAGGACUGGAGGCAUCUUGACUAGGAAGCUCCUCGUUUGUGUUAGCGUGGGUCAGAUCGCCAAAGUAGGACUUCAUCGUUUACCUACCUAUCAUCAAUAUGGUGCUUGAAUAUAUUCCUAUAACUAUAGAAUAGUGUGGAAAGUGAUGGUAACUUUGAAGUUGUUCAUGUUUUAUUGGCUUUGUUUUAAUUGACACCAGUAGAGUUUUAAUGGUCUUUGUGUAAAUUUUAAUGGCUUUUCCAUUGUUUUUGCUUCUCUUAAAAAGUUUAAGAAGAAUAUGACCUCAUUAAAUGUACUAUGUUUUAUUUGGACCGGUCACAUAAAAUGUCUCUCUAGAAUUGACUUUGAAGUUGUUUACAGAAAUUUAAACUCAAUUCCAGAUAUUGAAGUUGUCCAAACAGCUCAUGGGCUUAACGUCCAAACCCCUGCCCAGCCUUCCCUUUCCAAGUUGGUGCCACCUCCAGGUAGCCAUUGGUGGUUUUCUUCUUACUGAUGUAGCUGUGGAAUGAUAAGGUCCUAGAGGGGCCCUGGCGUUUCAGGAAGCAGACCUGUUAUUCCCUGACCACCAUUGUUUAGGAAAGAGGGCCGGAGAAUAAGAAGCCGGCACCUCAUCCGUCAGCCCUGCAAUGUGAGACUUCCAUAGCUGUUGAGAGUCACUGCAGGUGUUCUUUCAUCCCGGCUGACUUUAACCCAUGGUUGAGACGUUCCAAGUUAGAUCUGCUGCUCUUAGGAGUGGGGCUGUCCAAAUUAGGGAACUUGCCUCAAAAACAGUCCACAGUGGCAAUACCAGAUUUCUGUUCAAGCUUUUUAAAGUGCUGAGUCUUACAAACCCCUGAAGGAAAGUGACCCUUUAAGAGAGGAUCAUCAUUUAUUUAUAUUUAUUUUCACCAAAUAGGGUGAUGAGGGUUGGUUUUUUGUUCCCUCAACCCAUUUGGGUAAAAUAACGGAUCUGAUUAGAAACUGUUUUAAGGAGGGGCUGGGCUCGGUGGCUCAGGCCUGUAAUCCCAGACUUUGAGAGGCCAAGGUGGUCACGAAGUCAGGAGUUUGAGACCAGCCUAGCCAACAUGGUGAAACCCCGUCUCUACAAAAAAUACAAAAAUUAGCCGGGUGGGACACGCCUGUAAUCCCAGCUACUCAGGAGGCUGAGGCAGGAGAAUCGCUUGAACCUGGGAGGCAGAGGUUGCGGUGAGCCGAGAUCAUGCCACUGCACUCCAGCCUGGGUGACAGAGCGAGACUCCGUCUCAAAAAAAAAAAAAAAAAAAAAAAAAUUGUUUUAGCGCUGGGUUUCCCAAGGUGGGAGAGAGACAGACCCAGCCUGGAGCUGUCCCCGGGCCUGUGUGCUGAUUUCUUGGGGUCCUCAAGCCACUAUAUUUUUCUGUUGAGCCUGUACUUGGGGAGAGAUCAGUAGCAUUUGAGGAAGUAAGAGAAAAGAAUCACGGUACCUCAGGGUUUCUUUCCCUUUACUCGCUGGCAGCCAUUGUCUGUGGGCACCUCAUGCUUUUCCGCACUCUGUUGGGCCAUGGAGGUAACGAUCACCCAGGCCAGUCUCCUCUGCCUGGGAUGCGUCCUCUGAGAGGAGGCCUAGCAGGGCAGGCUCCCUCUGGGCAUCCCUGGAUACAGCCUCUGGACACAUGCCUCCUUUAAAGUGUCCGGGGUGGCUCAGGUUGAGUGCAGGUAGAAGGAGAAACAGACAUGUUUACCAUGCGUUUUCCAAAGCUCCUGAUCUUUCCCAAGAUUGUAACUGAAAACUGCUGUCUCUUGUUUUGUUCGUUUCGGGGGUGGUGGUGCUGGCUGGGCCAUGCUUGUGAAGUGAUGUGUGUCUCUGAUUUAACGGAUUCACUGUUUUCUCUGCUAAUUGAGAGAGCGUUAUUUACAUUAUUUAUUUGUUUUGACACAAGUGCUUUCAGUGUUUUAUCCUAGCUAAUGGCUUCUUAAAGGUAAUAAAACCCUUCCAAUGUAAUUGGUCAGAUAAAACUUUUUUUCAUGUAUGCUUAAAUAAAGCAAUUAGUGAAGCGCUUCUAUCCAAAAUGACUUUUUUGUCCUUUUUUAAAACCAAUUUACUGUUACUGGAAACUUUUUGUACAAUAAAGCAAUCAUGCAGAUUAAAGAA